AUGGUGUCAAAAUUUGACGUGACUUAGUCAUUGUAUUGUAAAUCACGUAAAUUUAAAAUUUAUAAAACUAGAAAAUAUGAAUUUUCAGAUAUUUAGAAGUAUUUUUGAAUAAAUAUAUCAAGUAUAAUUUAAUAAAACUUCCUAAAAUAGUGUAAUUUUCUAGGUCGAUCAAAGGGAUGUAAUAUAAUAUCUGGUAAUUAUUCAAAAUUGACCUCAAAGAAUACUAUUUUCUAUAAAUUUUAUACUAGUAAAUGAAAAGGAAAUAUAUUUAAAAUUCACAAAAAAAAGAAAUAGGGGUGUAGACGUCAAGAUGAUAUCAGUGCUUGAGGAAUGCAAAUCGAGCGAAAAUAAAGUUCUACUCGGUGAUUCUUUACAUAAGCGAUUACAGACAAUUUAAUUGAUCAAGUUAAGAUCUAGAAAAGCCGGAAGAAUCGUAAUGAAAUGAAGUAUAUCUUUGUAAAUUUAAAAUCAAUAAAUUAUCACUAAAUGAAAAGAAAAUUAAGUUGAAAGUAGGAAAACAGAGUUCUGACAUCACAACGGUGAUGCGUUAGUGAUGCACUAGAAUCUUGAGCAUUCUAGAAGAUCUUUGUGCAGUGUCCAUGGCCUUGAAGGCUCUCCUUGGACAAAGACGACGUGGGCAAUCUCUAGAUCUCCUUGCAAAGUCUAGAGAUCAAUAAAAUGGCUUGUCGAAUUGUCUCUGGUGGCUGCCACCUGGCGGAGCAAAAAAACAGUAAUUUUGCGGCUCUCAGUGGCUAUCACCCGACAGAGAGGAGCUGGAUGGAGGUGGGGCGCAUGUCAAGAAGCUUCAUCCUUAGAUCCGCACAACAAGAGGAGACUCUUCAUCGCAUUUGGUAUGCUCUUAGGAGGUGGCGACUUGUCUCCCAACAGAUUGUCCUCUUCCCGAAAAUAGUUUGUUCGUCGAUCAAUCAAAGAUGAGUUACUCGAUAGAUUCAUGAUCUUAUUAUCGUGAAUCGUUCAGCAAUUUUAGUAACAAUACUCUGCGAAUUGCGUUGAUGAGAUUUUUGCCAAUGAUCUAGUGAUUUUGGUUGCUUAAUCCUUCAUCGGUUAUCUGUAGGAAAGUCACGAUAAACAAAUAAACAAAAUAUGAAUUUUGGCUUUGGGAGGAUUCAAACUUGCGCUGAUUGCCCCCUCGCCCUUUCUAGGGAGGUGUGACGGGGGUUAAAAAAGUUCCACAUCAAUUGUGUGCCAAAAUUUCUUGUGAAUAUAUAGUAAUACUAUAUUUUCGAUCAAGUCCUUUUCUCGCACGUGUAUGACCACUCCUUGCCUCACAAUCGGCUGGCCACCGGUGACGUGGAAGGGGGGUGGCGCACAUGUGCCCAAUUGGUCCAAGCUGCUCAAGCCCCUACUCACGGCUACUCCCCAACUGCACUUCUGACUUACUUGCGGGCCUGAGGGGUUCCCCCAUUUUGUCUUAUUUUUAUUUUAAUUUCUUUUUCUUUAUUUAUCUCAAAAGUAAGACUAUAAAAAUCAUAUAAAAUUAUAUAAAAUCACAUAAUUACCUAACAAUUCAUUUUAAUCAACUAAAAAUAACUUUUCACACUUAACACAAAUAUAAUUCUAUUUAUCAUGAGUUAAGACUAAAACCAUAUUAUUUACUAAUUAUUAACUCAUGAUAAUGAAGACUUAUCAAUUAUCAAGUCUAGUAUUACUAUAUAUCAACCUCAAAACUCAGCAUAUAACCAAUGUGGGACUAAACCUAGGGUCAUAGCCUUCAAAAAGUUUUAAUAAUUUUAAUACCUAAAAUAUCCCUUGUUUAGUAAACCACACAAAUUUUAAAUUUAUAAAACUAAAAAAUACUAAUUUUUAGAUAUUUAGAAGUAUUUUUGAAUAAUUAUAUUAAUUAUAUUUUAAUCAAAGUUCUAAAAAUAUUGAAAAUUUUCUAGGUCAAUCAUAGGAAUCUAAUAUAAUAUCAAGUAAUAUUUCAUAAAUGUUCUCAAAGAAUAUGAUUUUUUAUGAAUUUUAAACUAAAAAAGAAAAUAAAAUAUAUUUAAAAUUUGUGAAAAAAGGAAAUAAAGGUGUAGAUGUCAAAAUGAUGUCAGCACCUAAUGAAUGCAAACCGAGUAGAAAUAGAGUUCUACCUGGUGAUUUUUACAUAAGCGAUUAGAGACAAUUUAGUUAGCCAAAUUAAGAUUUGUAAAAGCUAGAAGAAUUUUGUAAGCCUUGUUGAUCAUAAUUUCACAUGUGGAAGCCCCACAAAAUCAGCUAAGGUGCUACUACAAUUUUAUUUUAUUUUUUCUAGUGUAAUCUUUACCAUGUUUUAUUCUUUUGUCUCAAGUUUAAUGAUGAUUAAUGAUUUGUAAAAGCAUCAAAUAAUUUGAAACUUUUUUGACCGAGUAUUGAUCAAGAAAGAGAAAGAUUCAAUUUACUACUCAUAGUUAAUAAUAAGAAUUCAUAACAUAAAUCCGGCAGAAGACCAAAGUAGAUUUUCUCAAUUUAAGAGUGUGGGUUAUAUGCACCAUGAAAGAUGAUGAACUUCAUGAUUUAGUUAUAAGCACUAUAGCACCUGAUGUAAUCUCAUGUAUUCAUCCUCAUGCAUUUAUUCUUCCCCCCCAAAUGACCAUUCGCAUUGUCCUCAAUAUAUCUAUAUAAGAGAAAAAGGAGAAACCAUUAAAUGUGCAAACUGAUUUUCACUCUUCAUCCUUCUGAUUUUCUUUUGUAUUAAUCUGUAUCAUGAUAUGCAAUUCCUCUAGAAUGCUGGAUCUGUUCGCUUAAUAAAAACUCAAGAAAAAUAUCAAAGGAUAGAGAAAAAUAAUAAAAAUGGAAUGUAGUGGAAAAGAAAGCUAUGCCAUCUUAGAGUACAUGAUGGAGGGAAAGUUCUAAGAAGAUUGAGGUUCAAUGGAUGGAUCAUAUAAUUGAGUGGAAAUGGGUAAAGAAGGAGGGUUCAUUUUCUAAAUAAGGUUUUAAUCUUUGCCCAUUCACAUUAAAAUUUUUACUAGUUUUCAGAUCUGCAAUUAAUACUACACCAUAGUCAAAAACUUUAAUCACAAGGUAUGGUCCAUCCCAUCUAGAUUUUAAUUUCUCAAGGAAUAGUUUCAAUCGAGAAUUGUAAAGCCAAACUUUUUGAUGCUCAUGAAAACUCUUUCUGCUCUCCUUCUUGUUAUAAAAAGCCUUCAUUUUUACUUUGUAAAUUAGAGACUUCUCGUACAUCUCAUUGGGUACUUCUUGAAGCUCUUGCAAUUGCAACAUACAGUGCUUACCUAUGGCGUCUAAAGAAAGAUUAAGAUUCUUUAUAAGUUAAUAAGCCUUAUGUUUGAUCUCCAUAGGAAGGUGAAAAACCUUUUGAUGUGACUUAGUCGUUGUAUUGUAAAUCACGUAAUUUAAAAAUUAUAAAACUAGAGAAUACUAAUUUUUAGAUAUUUAGAAGUAUUUCUGAACAAAUAUAUUAAUUAUAAUUCAAUUAAGUUUACAAAAAUAGUGGUAAUAUUUUAAGUCGAUCACAGAGAUGUAAUAUAAUAUUGGGUAACUUUUUAGUAUUUUUCUCAAAGAAUAUAAUUUUUUUAUGAAUUUUAUACUGAGAAAUGAAAAUAAAAUAUACUUCAAUUUGUGAAAAAAGGAAAUAAGGGUGCGGAUGUUAGGAUGACGUCAAUGCCUCACAAAUGCGAAUGAAAUAGGAACAAAGUUCUGCCUAGUGAUUCUUGUGUAAGCGAUUACAAAUGAUCUAAUUAAUCAAAUUAAGAUCUGUAAAAGGUAGAAAAAUCGUAAUUGAAUCAAAUAUAGCUUGGUAAAUUUAAAUCACACAAAGUAUCACUAAAUGAAGUAAAAAUUAAGUUGAAAGUAGAAAAAUAAAAUUCUAACAUCACGGCAAUAAUGUGUCGAUGAUGCAUGAGAAUUUUGAGUAUUCGGGAAGAUUGUCGUGUAGUGUCCAUGGCCUUAAAGGCUCUCCUUGGACAAGGACGACGUGGACAAUCUCUAGAUAUCUAUGCGAAGUUUAGAGAUCAAUGAAAUGGAUCAUCAAAUUAUCUCCGGCAACUGUCACUUAGCAGAGCGAAAAAAUGACUUUGUGACUCUCUAGCGGCUGUCACCUGAUGGAGAGGAGCUAGAGGGAGGUGGGACGCAUGUUAAGGAGCUUCAUCCUCAGGUCUAUGCAGCAAGAGGAGACUCUUCAUCGCAUCUAGUAUGCUCUCAGGAGGUGGUGACUCAUCUCACGACAGAUUGUCCUCUUCUCGACGACGGCUUGUUCAUCGAUCAAUCAAAGAUGAUUUACUCAAUAGAUUCAUGAUCCUUUUAUCGCGAAUCAUUUUCAGUAAUUUUAGUAACAAUGCUUUGUGAAUUGCGUUGACAAGAUUUUUGUCAAUGAUCUAACAAUUUUAAUAGCUUAAUCCUUCACUAGUGAUCUAUAGGAAAGUCGAGAUAAUGUUUCAUUGGGCUCUAGGAGGAUUCAAACCUGUGCUGAUUGUCCACCUAUAUAAGAGAGAUUGAAAUAAGUACUCUAAUGCCCUUAUCAAGUGACGUCCUCAUAGUAUAUCUUUAUUAUAAUUAAGGAGUAAUUUAGGUAUUAAAAUCGUCAAAGCCUUUCAAGGGAAGGUGUGAUGUGGGUUUAGUCCCACAUCACUUGUGCGCCAAUGUUUUAAGCAAAUAUAUAGUAAUAUCACAUUUACAAGUAAUGAGUACUUUUCUCUCACAUGUACAACCACUCCUUACCUAAGACUUGGCUGGCCACCAGCGACAUGGAAGGGGAGUGGUGCACACAUGCCUCCAUUGGUCCUAGUCACCCAAGCCCUUGCUCGUGGCUCCCCCCGACUACACUUCUAAUCUACUUACAGGCCUGGUUGGUUGACGGGUCCCCUCUUUUUGCUAUAUUUUUAUUUUAAUUUCUUUUUCUUGAUUUAUCUCAAAAAAUAGGAUUAUAAAAAUCAUAUAAAUGCAUAAAAAAUUAUCUAAUUAGCUAAAAAAAUUACAUUAAUUAAUUGAAAACUAUUUUUCAUAAUUUAACAAAAAUAUAAGUCUAUUUAUCAUGAGUUAUUUACUAAUUAGUAAGUCAUGAUAAUGAAAACUUAUCAGUGGUUUCCUAUUAUGACAAAAAAAGACAUUAUAUUAAAAAAUAAUAAAGGUAAAAAUAUUGUACUUGAAAAUAUUAUCAAUUUACUUGAAAAUAUUGUACGUGUACUCUUAAAAAGGCAAAAAUCUCAUUUUAUAUGUGUAAAACUAUAUACAAAUUUAUAUAUAGUAUAGAUUUGGCUCAAAAACAUUUAAUAGGGGUUGCAUAUAGAAUUAUGUAACUCUUAAUUACAAUUUUACAUUAGACUACAGUCAAAAUAGAUAAUAGAUAAUAAUUUUUUUCAAUAAAUAGUUUCCAUGAUUAAUUCAUCAUCCUCAUAAAUGUGAUGGUCGGCACACUUGUUAAUACAAUAACUUCCUACUUAUGCUUAAAGUCUUAGUUUAGACAAGAAAUUCAUUUUCCACUCAUCAAUGGAAUGAAUCAAGAUUUGACGAUGAGUACAUUUUUCUUCAAGUUUAGGAAAACAUCUAGAGGGUGCAAUGUAUAAAAAGUAUAUACGAUGACAUUCAUUCAUGUGAAUCAUAUAAGAUUUAACUUUGUCAAGAUAUGCUUUUCAAAUUGAAAACAUUACAAAGCAUAACUAUGCGACUUUUAUUUCAAACUCCUCUUUAUAUACCCAAUCUUCUAUGAAUCUAGAUGCUUCUUAAUUUUUAGAUCAUCACUAAAGAAAUCAUACUUUUACUAUGAUGGGAACCAAUUACGACAUUACAUUACUUUCAGUUUUGGACUACAUGUGGUUCUAAACACAUUAUGGGGUGGAUGUGUGUCCUUUGGUGGACACAUAAGCUUCCAAUACAUAAUUCUUAUUUCUUCAUAACUUUACAUAUUCUAAUAAAUAAUAUUUAAUCAUAGUGAUUAGUAAUUAUAAAUAUAACCUAAACUAUCAAAUUCGUGCCAUUUAAUCCAAUACUUGUAGUGUUCAUUUAUUUACUGAUAAAAUUUUCAUUUUGGUAAACUAUAGUAAUUAUUCAUUGCAACUAAUCAUUAUGAUUGUAUGAAAUAAUAUUAGAUUUCUUCCCUUUAAUACUAUAUUUUUAUGUGCCAGCUUUCUUAUAAAAAAGUAAUAUUCAUUAUUUAUGCAUAAAAUUUACAUUUAUCGGUCUAAUAAUUAUUUCUGAUAAUUUGUAAGUGUGAAUGUACUUAAACAUAUUAUAUUCCUGUACUCAAUAGGUUACGUCCAAAGUGGUGCCAUUUCUAAGGUGAAUAGAUAGUAGGUACAAAACAUUUCUAAAGUUUAAAUGUUGGCAAUAAAUGAUACAUAUUCCUAGCAAGAGUAACUAUGAUAUAAAUAUCUACUUAUACUCACGCCCUCUAAAUGAUUGUCUUGUAUUAUUAUCAUUGAUUGAUAUAGUUUCUCUUUUUGCAUAAAUAUUAAUUACACACCUUUAUCAAUAGCUAUGAUUACAUUAAAAAAGUAUUAUAUUCAUGCCCUUAAUAUGAGGCUUUUAAACUAUCGUUUUCUUUAUGAAUAAAUAAUAACAAUAAUAAUAAAUAAUUUAGUCAUGAGAUUUAUGUUUUCUCAAUUGGCACUUUACAGAUUUUAUUUAUAUUCUUACAUGUACAUGGUCAUGGUCUGUCAUCAAUCAAACAUUUUAUCCGUUUCUUUCUAUGACACACAUCUUCUUCAUGAUUUACCUGCAAUCUUCCACGUUUUUGGUGAACCUGUUGGAAACAUGGUCAGCCUAUUUAACAACAGAUGAUAGAGCCAUGAAAAAGAGAUAAAACCAUCUGACAUAAAAUAAAAAUAUGUGAGGUAAUUUCAGUGAUGUCAUGUUUGCAACCACCUUCAAAAUUGCAUCAAUCCGAAUGGUCUUUAACAGGGUGCAGGGGGGGCAUAUCAAGCUUCCAAAAAGAGAAAUGAGCUUUGAGUAGGUGGGCUGCUCAACAAAUUGUAUCUUCUUCACUGCUUCAAGGAAUUGUGCACAAGGAGGGGGACAGCCACCACACAGCGUCUCGGGGGAGGUUACAGUCUUGUUCAUGAAGACUAGAAACCUCUUGUCAUUCCCCUACAUAGUUGGCAUAAGAAUCAGCAAGUGAUCAAUCAAAGAGAUGGGAGAACAUGUACAAGUAGAGGUGAAAGCAAACCUGAUAGCCUUCCCACGGCAGCCUUCCUUUAAUCAAAAAAAUCAGAGUGUAGGCCAAUGACUCAAGAUCAUCUCUUCUACUCGCUGUGAGGCCUAAAUGUGCAUGGACGCUUGCAUAUCGUGUUGUGCCCCUAGGGAACAUGAGAUAGAUAGUAAGGUAGGGGUAAGAUUUUAUGAAUCCUCCUCUUAGCUAAGAAUUUAGGGAAAAAAUAGAAUAUCGUUUCCCAAAAAACCUGAAAUUAUCUGGCUGUUGGCAUAAGCUGACAUGCUGGCCUGACAAACUGUCCCUCCACAUUGAAGCUGAUUAAAAUAUUAAUGACACCAAUUAGCAUUUGUACAGGCUCUGAACAAAGCACAAAAAUAUCACUGAUGUUGAUACAGACAGGGACUUCUCAGUCAAGACGAAUUUGUUUAUAUACUUGGAAAAACAAACCCUACUCUAAAAUCAAUAGGUGCGAAAGGUGAAAACAAGAAGUGAUUGGAAUGCAGCAACAUACCCAGCCCAAAGUCGAUGAGAAAAAGCUUCUUCUCCCCUGAGCUUCCGGGUUUACCCAACAAUAAAUUCUCUGGCUUGACGUCUCCAUGCACAAACCUGGCAUGUUUUUUUUUUUGUGUGGGUGGAGGGAGGGAGGGGAGUGCACAAGGGAGCAAUGAAUUGAUUACUGUGACCUUUGCAAAAAUUUAAUUGAAAAAAUAUCACACUGCCACAAAGCCAUACGUACCCUUUUUGGUGUAGCUUCUCAAGGAUGGAUAUUGCCUCCACAGCAAUACAAGCCACCAUAUUUGGUGGCAUUCUGUCCAAGGAGUUAGUCAAACUCAAUAGCACAAUUUUCAACAGAAUAUUGACUUUGAAUAUGAAGUCAAGAUUAUUUUCUUACACUUGCCCAAUGGAUAUGAACACAUCCAGAAGACUUGGUCCAAGGAUGUCCAUGAUCUGCAGCAAUCAUCAUCAACAAUAUCAUAAUUAGCUUUCAAUAAAAAAUAUAAUUCGAGGAAACAAUAAAAUGAAAGACUCUACGCCAACCAUGACGAAAUAAUCUCCUUGGCGGCCCUUGUAGUGCACCCUAGGCAAUCCAUAGCAUCCCUUGAGAUGGCUAAAACCAUAUUCACAAAGUCAGAUGAAGAACGUAGUUUUAGAUCGACACAAUACGUAAUAAAUUAGAGCAGUAGGGGGUGUCUUCUUACUCAUAAACUUGCCAUUCAUAUGGGGGGCCAAAUCUGCAACCCGUGCUAUUUCUAUGCUCAAACUUCAGUGCUACCUACACCCACCGCAGGAAAAUGAAAGAGACAACAUAAAACAGCAGUAUUUAAAGAUUCCCUUGGCAGGAGUGAUGGGAGGUUGAAACUAAACCUUAAAGGCAUUGGGCCCAUUGCCCUGAGAUCCACCAGCCACCCUUCGUCCAAUGUAGACCAGCCCAAAACCUCCUGCACCCAACAUUCUCUCUACCUUGUAUAAUGGAGAAUUUCCGACCUGCACCUGUCGAUUUUGGAUAGGACAUUCCUAUUGUCAAGAUGUGAUGUGCUUUGGGAUGGAGAGAGAAAGCUCUCUACAGUCGCCGUCAAGGAAAGGAAUGAGGGACGUCGAAGCAUGUACCCGAUCCGGGAUGGGAGACAUCCUCGCUUCCUCCUGUAGCCCGACAACCUCGUCCACACUUCCUCCCUCGAUUCCAGCUGCUUUCUCAACAGGACAGCCCGCCACCAAGUUCUGAUGGUUUUUCUGGGUGGGGAAUAACGCUCGGGAGAGCUGCAGGUACGGAGGGUGUUGUUUCCUGCCGGAAAUCACCGGGUUCUUCUCCAGAAACUGGUCGAUCGCUCAGCGAUCCGAAAAUCGAAUGUGCCCCUUGAUUCAACACGCUCACCCGUCACCGUCAAUCGAUAAACCUUGCUGAAAUAAUCUUUUCUCCUCCAGACGGUAACACUCAUCCGUCCCCAAAGAGCAAUCGGAUGGAAGUCUAAAGAAGAAGAUAGAUCCCCCUACCCAGACCAAACAUCAAAUCGAAUCAGCAACGAAGCGGCAAAACAAAUCGGAAGAAGGUAAAUAAAUAAGAGGAAGGAGGAAAGCCAGAGCGUUCUUCAGCAAUCUCGCACCACCCGCACCACCGCAGGCAACCGAAAGUCCAAAUCAAAGAAAAUAAAGAUCCCAUCCAAAGAGUCCACAAGAAGAUGCCCCCGACACAGAAAAUCACGAACCCAUCGAAAGACGGCACUAGAACAUAACCCCCGAAUCAACGAAAGGCGAGAAUUCGUCGAAAGACGGCACUAGAACAUACCCGGAGCGGCCUUUCAGGGAAGCAGAAGCCUGGGAACGUACGACCUCUCCGUGAGGCGGCGCCGACCGUGACCUCGGCGUCUUCGGCGGUGGACUCCUCCGCCGGAUGCGGCCUCCCACUCUUCCUCCGGAUUCGCGCACGAGAAAGGGUUCCAGAAGAACUCGACGGAGAGGAGAGGAGAAGGCGGCAGGCUGUCCGAACUCCGCCGUGCUUCGUAGAGCGAGGACGCAUCCACAGAAAGAAAGCGAGAGCAAGAUAGAGUGAGAGAGAGCAGACAGACAAAGGGAGCGAGAAAAGGCGCGAAAGAAAGAGAGAUCAAUGACAGCCUUACUCUAUCACCCGCUCUUCUUUCACGUUCUGCCAUUAGGUACGGAUUUCCAAUUACAUUUCUCUCUGGGGUCUGACGUAAAUUGUGCCAAUUUCUGUUCACGAUGUCCAUUGAAAUGUCGUCGAACCCGUGUGGGCCACGUGUCCCACAUCUGCUUAAGUGUCAUGCUAACUCGUCGGUUCUGCUUCCACUGUCGACCUGUUGAUGGUUUAGCUUUUAGCCUCUGAAUAUUCCGGCCCAUUGGGUCACUUGGCUCGGCCCAGCCCAACUCAUUCUGAUUUUCUUUUAUCUUAGACCUUUAUAUCAAAACCUCUUAGAAAUUAUGAGAAAUUCGAGAAAAUUUCAAAAAAUCCAGGAUAAAAUUUAGAAAAUCCUAAAACUCACAUAAAAAUAUUUCAUGCAUAAUUAUUUAAAAUUAAUUAUCUUAAAAUAAUUUUAAAAAUAUUAAAAUACAUGUUUAUGUAUGAAUGAUCUGAAUGCAUACGAAUUAAAUGUAACAUGUAUUAUUUCCGUUAAUUUUAUGCACUAAAUAUUGAUAAAUAUAAGGUAAAUACAGAUAAUGAAAACUUAUCAACCACAACAUAAUAACUAGACUAAGAUGAUCUAGUUCAAUCGUUUUCAUCCACAAUAUACUAUCAUUAGCCAUUUAUUGUCGCACCACAUACCCAUGAAUACAACCUAAAACUCCUUCAUACUUCAAAGAAUAAUGAUCAUGGUAAAGAAUUCACCUAUCUUUUUUUCAUGAGAUCCACACCCCUAAUCUAGAGAAGGUAAACUUUUCUAAUUGACUUACCCUUUUAAAGGAGCAUUAGGCUUUGUUUGUUUAAGCAUAUGGGUUUGUGCAAAUAAUCAAUGCAGUAAAAGUUUUAAAAUAUUCAUAACAUUUUUGAGUUUUUUUUUCUCCCCCCUACUUGAAUGAUACAUUAUCUUUAAUGCAUGCAAAUGAAGGAAGAGAUAACCUCCCCCGCUUAAGUCUUGCAUUGUCCUUAAUGCAUGUGAGAGGAGGGAAAAGCGAAAAAAAUUCUGAUUUUUAUGCCCCAUCUACUACACUAUUGCCCUUGAAUAGUUCUAACUAAAGCACUCGACCAAUAAAAUAUGUCCGAAACAAAAGCUAGUAAGGAAAUGCAUAAAAAGAAAUGAUAGUUCUCCUCACAAUAAAAUAUGUGCAUACACACAAAUAGAUCAAGUCCUCAAAUAUUUGUUAGAGACCAGCCAAUCACCUCUCUUUAUGUCCUAAGUACAUCAAGUAAUCUAUUCUCUUGAUCCUUAGACAAAUACGAUGAUAUAAUCAUUGGAUAAGUUUGAUGUUAAUCAAAAAAUACAUACUUUAGUGAAGAUGGUUGAUAAGUCUUCAUUAUCAUGAGUUAAUAAUUAAUUAAUAAUAUAGUUUUAAUCUAAACUCAUGAUAAAUAGACUUAUAUUCAUGUCAAAUUAUGAAAAAUAGUUUUUAGUUAGUUAAUUUUGCUAAUUAUGUGAUUUUAUGUGAAUUUAUAUAAUUUUUAUAAUCUUAUUUUUGAGUUAAAUAAAGAGAAAUAAAAAAAAAAGAUAGAAGAAAGAGAAAACAUGCCACCUAGUCGAGCCCAUAAACAAGUUGGAAGCAUUGACAGGCAGAAUCAUGAGUAAGGGCUUGAGCAGCUAAAGAUAAACUGAUAAGAGGACACAUGUGCGUCACUCCCCUUCCACAUCAUCAAUGGCCAAUUAGGCAUGCGACAAAGAGUGGCCAUACACAUGUUAGAAAGGGAUACAUUGAUUAUUGAUGUGACUUAGUCGUUGUAUUGUAAAUCAUGCAAAUUUAAAAUUUAUAAAACUAGAAAAUAUGAAUUUUUAGAUAUUUAGAAAUAUUUCUGAAUAAAUAUAUCAAUUAUAAUUCAAUAAAACUUUCAAAAAUAAUGGUAAUUUUCUAGGUCAAUCAGAGGGAUGUAAUAUAGUAUCUGGUAAUUAUUCAAAAUUGUUCUCAAAGAAUACUAUUUUCUAUGAAUUUUAUACUAGUAACUGAAAAUGAAAUAUAUUUAAAAUUUACAAAAAAAAGAAAUACGGGUGCAGACAUUAGGAUGAUGCCAGCACUUGGCAAAUGCAAAUCGAGUGAAAAUAGAGUUCCACCUAGUGAUUCUUACAAAAGUCGGAAGAAUCAUAAUGAAAUGAAGUAUAUCUUUGUAAAUUUAAAAUCAACAAAUUAUCACUAAAUGAAACAAAAAUUAAGUCGAAAGUAGGAAAACAAAAUUCCGACGUCAAGGCGGUGAUGCGUCGACGAUGCACUAGAAUCUUGAGCAUUCGGGAGGAUCGUCGUGUAGUGUUUAUGGCCUUGAAGGCUCUCCUUGGACAAAGACAACGUGAGCAAUCUCUAGAUCUCCUUGCAAAGUCUAAAGAUCAAUGAAUGAGUUGUUGAAUCCUCUCUGGCGGCUGUCACCCCCAGUGGAGCGGAAAAAUGACAACUUUGCGGCUCUCUAAUGGCUGUCACCUGACAGAGAGGAGCUAGAUGCAGGUGGGGUACAUGUCAAGAAGCUUCAUCCUCAGAUCUGUGCAGCAAGAGAAGGCUCUUCAUUGCAUCUGGUAUGCUCUCAAGAGGUGGUGACUCAUCUCCUGAUAGAUCGUCCUCUUCUCAAUGACGACUUGUUCGUCGAUCAAUUAGAGAUGAGUUACUCGAUGGAUUCACGAUGCUUUUAUUGUGAAUCAUUCAGCAAUUUUAGUAACAAUGCUCCACGAAUCGUGUUGACAAGAUUUUCGUCGAUGAUUCAGUGAUUUUGGUUGCUUAAUUCCUUACCAACAAUCUGUAAGAAAGUCACGAUAAUCAAAUAAAUAAAAUAUGAAUUUUGGCUUUGGGAGGAUUUGAACCUGCACCGGUUGCCUCCUCGCCCUUUCUGGGGAGGUGUGACAUGGGUUAAAAAGUCCCACAUCGGUUGUGUGCUGAAAUUUCUAGUGAAUAUAUAGUAAUACUACAUUUCUGAUCAAGUCCCUUUCUUGCAUGUGUAUGACCACUCCUUGUCCCACAGUCGACUAGCCACCAGUGACAUAGAAGGGGGGUGGCGCACAUGUGCCCAAUCGGUCUAA